AUGAACAAGCUAUAUAUUGGAAAUUUGAAUGAAAACGUGACCGCGGAGGACUUGGUUAAAACCUUUGAAGAUAACAAGAUUCCAUACGCUGGGCAGUUUCUCAUGAAAACUGGCUAUGCGUUUGUUGAUUGCCCGGACGACCAAUGGGCGAUGAAAGCGAUUGAAACAUUUUCUGGUAAAGUGGAACUUCACGGCAAACGAAUUGAGGUCGAACAUUCUGUCCCUAAGAAGCAGAGGACCAGAAAACUCCAGAUCAGAAACAUUCCACCACACCUACAGUGGGAGGUUCUUGAUGGCCUGCUCGCCCAGUAUGGAACUGUUGAGAACUGUGAACAAGUGAACACAGAGAGUGAGACUGCAGUUGUGAAUGUCACAUACGGGACACGGGAACAUGCUAGACAAGCUAUUCAGAAACUCAAUGGGUACCAGUUUGAGAACAAUGCACUGCGUGUGUCAUACAUCCCUGACGAGAACUCUGAGGUCGACUCUGAACGAGGUCCAGACAACGGCCGUCGCCCCGGAUAUGGUCCACGGGGUAACUCGCGCCAGAUGUCGCCUGGUUCUGGAAUCCCCUCCAAACACCAGCACGCUGAUAUCCCUCUCAGACUGCUGGUGCCAACACAGUAUGUGGGUGCCAUCAUCGGCAAGGAGGGCGCUACCAUCCGGAACAUCACCAAGCAAACUCAGAGCAAGAUUGAUGUGCAUCGCAAAGAGAAUGCCGGCGCAGCAGAAAAGCCCAUCAGUAUCCAUUCUACCCCAGACGGCUGUUCAGCUGCCUGUCGUAUGAUCCUGGAAAUCAUGAACCAGGAGGCCAAGGACACCAAAACUGCUGAUGAGGUGCCUCUGAAGGUUCUUGCUCACAACAACUUUGUCGGCCGUUUGAUUGGCAAAGAGGGACGCAACCUGAAGAAAGUGGAGCAAGACACCGAUACUAAGAUCACCAUUUCACCAUUGCAGGACCUGACACUUUAUAACCCAGAAAGGACCAUUACAGUGAAGGGUUCCAUUGAGGCGUGCUGCCUGGCAGAACAGGAGAUCAUGAAGAAAGUGCGAGAGGCAUAUGACAAUGACAUCGCUGCUAUGAAUCAACAGACUCACCUGAUCCCUGGAUUAAACCUGGGAGCCAUCGGCCUUUUUCCGCCAUCCUCUGCUAUGCCUCCACCUGCCCUCGGAAACUCUGUGCCUGGCCCCCCCUAUGGUGCUGUUGGGGCCUCUGAACAGGAAACUGUCCACGUGUACAUCCCAGCCCAAGCCGUGGGAGCCAUCAUUGGCAAGAAGGGACAACAUAUCAAGCAGCUGAGCCGUUUUGCUGGGGCUUCUAUUAAGAUUGCACCUGCAGAGGCACCAGACUCCAAAAUGCGAAUGGUCAUUGUUACCGGACCACCUGAGGCCCAGUUCAAGGCUCAAGGCAGAAUAUACGGUAAGCUAAAGGAAGAGAACUUCUUUGGGCCCAAAGAGGAAGUGAAGUUGGAGACGCACAUCAAAGUAGCAGCUGCUGCAGCUGGAAGAGUCAUUGGAAAGGGUGGAAAAACCGUAAAUGAGCUGCAGAAUCUCACCGCUGCUGAAGUUGUGGUUCCCAGAGAGCAGACCCCUGAUGAACAAGACCAAGUUAUCGUCAAAAUCAUCGGCCACUUUUACGCAAGUCAGCUGGCACAGAGGAAGAUCAGGGACAUUUUGACACAAGUUAAGCAGCAGCAGAAAGGAGGAAUGGGAGGUCAACAGGGGCCCCAACCACAGGGCAUGUCUGAGAUGGGGCCCCCACAGGGGCAGGCACAAGAACCCAGGAGAAAGUGA